UAUGUCACCAUAGCUGGACUAAUUUAGAAGAAAAACAACCAAUCACAUCCCAACUGUUCAAUUAUACCCGACAGCUUGGAAUGCUCAUAAUCCAGUAAAAAAUGCUUUAAAAUCAUAAUUGAACGUGGCUAAAUCACUUAAAGAAGUUCACCAUGGUCAAUUUUCACAAUGGAAAAGAUGAGAAACCAAGCUCUAAACCAGAAGCUGCAGAAAAUAAUGACAGUGUUCCUGUGAGUUCACCAUCUUCAGAGCCAGCAGGAGAGCUAAAGGAUGAAGCACCUAUUAGCGCCCCUGAUAAUAGCCUUUCUGAGUCAGCUAAGGAAACAAAAAACUCAGAAAAGGAGGAAGAUGAAAUCGUUACUGUUAUUACCCCACCACCCGCUGAAGAUAAAGAGGAUGAGCUUGUGACAAGCACCCCAUUGCCUCAGCCUCCGUCAGAUGAUAGCCGUUCUGAGUCAGCUAAGGAAAGAAAAGACUCAGUGUGGUCUCUUGGAGAAGCUCCUCCGGAUGACACUGACAAACCCGAGGACACGCCGCGCUCCACCCUGUUGAUUGAGAAGCCUCAGAGUGGCUCAGUGAUUGUUGGUGGAGACAUUACUUUCACAGCUAAAGUUGAAGCAAAAGACCUGCUUAGGAAACCUACCAUCAAGUGGUUAAAAGGUAAAUGGAUGGACCUUGCCAGCAAAACAGGGAAGCAUCUCCAGCUGAAAGAAACAUUUGACCGUUUAACAAAGGUGCACACAUUUGAGAUGAGCAUUAUCAAAGCCAAGGACAACUAUGCUGGGAAUUAUCGUUGUGAAGUAACUUACAAGGAUAAGUUUGAUAGCUGCUCUUUUGACCUGGAAGUACAAGAUGUUCCGGAACUUGUACCUUCUAUUGACAUCCGAUCAGCCUUUAAAAGAAGCGGAGAAGGACAAGAAGAUGCAGGAGAGCUUGACUUUAGUGGUCUCCUUAAGCAUAGGGAGAUUAAGCAAGAGGAGACUGUACCGAAGGAAGAUGUGUGGGAGAUACUCAAGAACGCAUCACCACAAGAGUUUGAAAGGAUAGCUUUUGAAUAUGGUAUCACUGACCUGAGGGGCAUGCUGAGAAGACUGAAGCGCUUGAAACGAGAGGAGAAGAAGAGUGAAGCCUUUGCCAAGAAGCUGGAAUCUGCUUACCAAGCUGACAAAGGAGGAAAAAUAAAGUUUAUAGUAGACCUGGCAGACCCUACAGUGGAACUGAAAUGGUAUAAAAAUGGUCAGGAGAUCCGUCCCAAUCCAAAUCAGAAAAAGUACGUCUUUGAGGAGAGGGGCACCCAGCGCAUUUUGGUCAUCAAUAACUGCACCAUGGCAGAUGAUGCAGCAUAUCAAGUGAUGGCCGGGGAUGAGAAAUGUUCCACCGAACUGUUUGUGAAAGAGUUGCCAGUUACAAUUACAAAGGAACUGGAAGCUGUGAAAACGACAGUUAAUGAAAGAAUUGAGCUUGACUGUGAAGUGUCAGAAGAAGGGGCAAAUGUUAAAUGGUUUAAGAAUGGAGUGGAGAUCCCCAGAGAAAUUCGUUCCAGGUACUGGUUAAAGACUGAUGGCAUGAGGCACAUCAUGGUGAUUGAGGACGCCAAGAAAGAAGACACUGCAGUCUACUCAGUGAUGACUACAGGAGGGAAGUCGGAAGCCCGUGUACAAGUAGACCUUAAACCCCUGAAGAUUCUGCAGGAUCUGACUGACCAAACAGUGAGACUCGGAAAACUUCUUGUUCUGUACUGUGAAAUAAAUCCAGUCAACGUACCUGGAAGAUGGUACAAAAAUGCACAGCUAAUCCAAGGCACUGACCGUGUGAAGAUCACCCAUAGAGGAAGGUCACACAAACUGGAAAUAGAGAAUGUGGCUGUUGAUGACAUGGGGUACUAUACCUUUGUACCAGAGGGGUAUUCAAUGAGCCUGAAUGGUAAAGUCCAUGUGAUUGAUCCUCCAAAAAUUCACCUUGAUAGUCUUAACUACCCAGAAAACACUGUGACAGUAACAGCAGGGAACAAACUACGACUGGAGAUUCCUGUUACAGGACAGCCUGUCCCGAGGGUUGUCUGGAUGAAAGGAGAGAGGGUGAUCCUUGACACUGGUAGCAGAGUACGGGCUGAAUCUUUCCCAGAUCACAGCACAUUUACUAUAGAUGUAGCUGAAAGGGAGGACACUGGGACGUAUAAAAUUGUGUUGCAUAACGAAGCUGGUGAAGACUCUGCUCAGCUCAAAAUAAAGGUAGUAGACAUCCCUGACCCUCCACAAGCACCUACUGUAACUGAGAUUGGCGAAGACUGGUGUUCAAUGAUUUGGGAAACCCCAUUGUAUGAUGGUGGCUCACCAAUUUUAGGAUAUUUCAUUGAGAGAAAAAAAAAGCAAAGCUCCAGAUGGAUGAGACUGAAUUUCGAUGUUUGCAAAGAGAUGACUUUUGAACCAAAGAAGAUGAUUGAAGGCGUGUCUUAUGAAGUUCGUGUUUUUGCAGUGAAUGCAAUUGGCAUUUCCAAACCUAGUGAGCCCUCAAAGGCAUUUGUGCCACUUGCUGUAACUAGUGAACCAUCAAUGCUAGUAGUGGAUGAAAUCACUGACUCUACAGUGACAAUGAAAUGGCGACCUCCAGAGCAUAUUGGAGCUGCAGGCCUAGAUGGCUACAUCAUAGAGUAUUGCUUUGAAGGAAAGGAUGAAUGGAUAGUGUCCAAUCAAGAGUUGAUUGAGAAGACGAAGUAUACAAUCCCUGGUCUGCCAAGCGGGGAGAAGAUCUUUGUCAGGGUUAAAGCAAUCAACGCAGCAGGCGCCAGUGCACCCAGAAUGCAUCCACAUCCUAUUCUAGUGAAAGAAGUAAUUGAACGGCCCAAGAUUCGUAUUCCAAGGCAUCUUCAUCAAACUUACAUUCGGAGGGUUGGAGAAGUAGUCAAUCUUCUUCUACCUUUCCAGGGCAAGCCGAGGCCCAAGGUGAGCUGGAUGGCGAAUGGCAGGCCUGUGGACCCGACUCAGGUCAACAUCCGCAACAGCGAGACUGACAGCAUCCUAUUCAUCCGGAAAGCAGAUAGGAAGCACUCCGGGAAAUACGAGAUGACUGUGAAGGUGGAGAACUAUGAAGACAAAGCUACAAUAGAUAUACAAGUAGUUGACCGGCCUGGUCCACCUGAGGUUGUGGAAAUUAAGGAUGUCUGGGGGGAGAAUGUUGCAUUGGAAUGGACUCCCCCCAAAGACAAUGGCAAUGCUGAAAUCACUGGGUACACCAUUCAGAAAGCAGACAAGAAGACUAUGGAAUGGUUUACUAUAAUCGAACACUACCACAGAAAAAGUACUACAGUAUCUGAACUUGUCAUUGGGAACGAAUACUUUUUUCGGGUGUUUGCAGAGAACAUGUGUGGCCUUAGUGAGGAGGCUAGAGUGACUAAGGACAGCGCACUGAUUGUAAAGGAAGGUUCGAAUUACAAGAGCCCAGACUACCAGGAAUAUGACUUUACUGAGCCCCCGAAAUUCACCCAUCCCCUAGUCACCACCAUAGCUGUGGCAGGGUACAACGCCACACUGAACUGCAGUGUCCGGGCUAAUCCCAGGCCCAAAGUGAUAUGGAUGAAGAACAAGGUAGUCAUCGACAAAGACCCCCGCUACAGAAUGUUCAGUAACCAGGGGGUCUGCACCCUGGAGAUCCGGAAGCCCUGCCCCUUUGACAGCGGCAUGUACAGCUGCAAAGCCAUCAAUGACCUGGGUGAGGCGCAGGUAGAUUGCAAACUGGAGGUGAAAGGAGGGGUGACUUUUUAUGAGCUAAUGCAGAAGGGGGUGCCUUUAAACCUAAUUAAUAAGUUCCUGAACAAGAACAAAGGCUGUGAACCUCAGAAGGAGUCUGCUGACUGCUGCACAGCACUGAGAUCCUCCAACCCUGCUUUUAAGAGCUAGUCACCAGUAUUUACCUGUUCCUUCUCCUGCACUGUAGCACCCUGUGGAGGGUGUGGCAACAAAUGAGUGCUCUUUAUGACGUAAACUUGGCAUGGUAUGAUGUAGACUGAAUAUAUUAGAGACCAUAGUGCUGAGAUUUAUCAUCUGCUGCUGCCCAAUUUUGCCUGUUUCAUUCUGGUACUUAUAGACAAUAUGUAAACAAUGAUGCAUGACUCCUGGUGUUUUUGUCAAAUAGUUUGUUUUGGAAUUAGAUUGGUAUGGUAGUGUGGAAAAUAAGUGUGUUGAUGGGACAGAGGCAAGUCAAAGUGCUGAUCUGAUCUCUAAGGAACUUUGUUAAUGUUCAUAAGACAUGUACAUCAAUCAAUAAACAGUACAUAAUAAAACAUUAUAAAACAACAAAAGCUGUUUUCUUCUAUUACUGGUUUGGCUGUGCAUACCAGGGAACCUUUACCCUUUGUCGCCAAUGUUUUAUUAUCUUGGUUGAUUACAUUUUGAAAUGCAGUUUAAAUAUCUUGUCAGUUAUCUGGAUAAUUAGAGUGCAUAACCAAGGUUAUAAAUAUAAUGCACACCUUGAAAUCAGUAUUUUCAAGAACAUGGUUAGAUUACGUCUUCUGAAGUAAUUGUUGCUACAUCUGCAAUCUAUAAUUGUCUCCAAGCCAACUCUUGACUAUAAUAAGUGUGUGUUAAUAUACACAUGUUUAGGGGUCUGACAAGUUUAUGAACACCUCAUAUAUGUUGCAGUGGGCUGUUCAUUCAUUCAAAAAUAACAUCCCUGACAUGCAUUUUACUAAAUGAAAAACCUGCUUUAGCUUCUUGAUGUAAGUCAGAUUCAGUCAUGACAGGUGUUUCUCUAUCCAAGUCUGGACAAGUCAUGUUCAUGAGGAUGCAAGUUUUAAAAGGGAUGGCAUUCUGGAUAACAAACUGAAUGACUUCUCACAUUAAACCAGGCUCCUCAUAGUGGCCCAACGCACCCUAUUAGUAGUGACAACUACAGGGAAUCCCUGGCUGAGGGCAGCCCUUCCUCCAAGCUCUAAGCUGUCGACUCCCAUUUCGGAUUACCAGCGCUUGACUGAGCGGCCGAAACUAAAGAAGCGUCAUGGGAGAAUAGCACACAGAGCUUUUAUGCGCUUGCUGAGGAUGUGUUGGUUAGGGGUGGAUUAUGCUAUUAUGCUUUAAGAGAAGCAACCAAGUUUCCAAUGUUGUGACUCAUUAAACUGCAAUGUUAUUCUAGUGUUGGGUGAAAUGAGACUGAGAAUUGGGACUUUGUGUGUUCUGUACUGAACUUGUUGGGUUGGGGGGGGGGUUGUGAUU